AUGAUUGGGGUUGGAUGCCCUGAAGCCAAUAUUCCUGAUAUGCUCACAAUGUGCACGCCUGUAUCUGAGCCGGUUUGCCUUCCCGUGCACUACACGCCAACCGUUGUGAUCACCGGAUUCGGACCAUUCCGCGAUUUCGCCAACAAUCCAUCGUCAUUGGUUGUCGACGAGCUGGAAAAAGAGGGAAUUCCCGGUGUCGAUUUGAAGCUUCACAAGCUGUCGGUGGCUUAUGAUGAGUGCACCAAAACGAUUCCGGAACUAUGGGAAUCGCAUAAUCCCGAUCUGGUGAUUCAUAUCGGCGCGCAGGACAUUGAUUCGAAUAUCCGGCUCGAACAGCAAGCGUUUUCCAAUGGAUAUUAUCAUUGCGAUGUGAACGGCUGCACACCGGAGUCGAACACCACCGGUUGUUGUAGAGCCGAGAAUGUUCUCAAAACUGGAAUCGAUUGCGUUGAGCUCGCCGAAAAGUUGAAAGCCGAAUUUGGAAUCGACGGAACCAAAUACGACGGCCUCGAUGUGGUAUGCUCUGACGAUCCAGGAAGAUACCUCUGCGGAUUCUCGUACUUCAUCUCACUUGAUAAGAAUUCUCAGAAGGCGUUGUUCAUUCACGUACCGGCCAUCACAGAGAAUCGCACCGAAGUCGACUUUGCCCAAAUCAUCAGACAUGUCGUGAAAACCAUUUUGAAUUUGUAA